CUUCCUUUGUCUCCGCGUUCACCGUCGCGUUCUCUCAUCCCGGCUCCUCUCCGCUGCACCUCCACGCUUGCUUCGGCCCCUGCUCGAUUUUUGCUUUGCCAUGUCUGCCGCGUCUACCACCCCCGCCACGUCAGCAACCGCGCCGGCUCCUGCCGGCCUAAGAAUGCCUCGCCCCCACCUCAAUCAUUUCCUGGAAAUCACGAACGCCAAGCUUCUGAAGAUGAUGGGGAAUGGUUUGGUGAGGCAGGAGGAUGAGGCGGCGCUGGCAGAGGAGAUUCUUGGAGAGUUCAUUGAUUGUGUGUACGGGGCGGUCCAUGCAGUUGUGAGCGGUCGGACGGCGGGCGAGCCUCCCGAGGAGCCGUUGCAGGGAAGCCGGGUACUAUUCAACGAGUAUUUACUCAUCGACGAGUAUUAUCUUCACGAGCUUAUAGAUGAGUGCAUGGCAUGA